AUGUCCCCCGACUCCUCCACCACACCCCCGGACAUGUCCCCCACUACUAAAGAGAUCCUCGGUCGCGUGCGGCAGAUGAUCCCGCCAAUGUUGGAGAAGUUUCAUAAAGGCCAGCUUGGGCGUGUGGGUGUUAUUGGUGGUAGUGAAGACUACACGGGGGCGCCGUACUUUUCGGCGAUGGCGAGUGCCAGGUUGGGGUGUGAUAUGUCCCAUGUCAUCUGCACCCCCACAGCAGCCGCCGUCAUCAAAACAUACUCGCCCAACCUAAUGGUCCACCCCUUAAUGCGCUCCUCGCCCUCCCCUUCAUCAAAACAAUCACCACCACCGCCAUCAACAUCAUCACCCCACGCCUCAGACAGCAACAUCGACGCACCGUCCAUCGCGAACCGCAUCAUUCCGCUGCUGGACCGCCUACACGUCCUCGUCAUUGGACCCGGCUUGGGCCGCGACCCGCUCAUGCAGGACACCUGCGCCUUGGUGAUCCGCGCGGCACGCGACAAGGGCAUGCCGCUGGUGUUGGACGCCGACGCGCUCCAGCUGGUCCAGCGUGAGCCGGACCUUGUCCGGGGUUACCGGCUGGCGGUGCUGACGCCUAAUGUGGUUGAGUUUGGGCGUUUAACGUCUGCGCUAGGUAUUGAGGAGCGGGCGAAGGAUGCUCAGAAGCAGGCUGGGGAAACGGCCAAGGUGGAGGCGCUGGCUGCUGCGCUGGGCGGGGUUAUGAUUGUGCAGAAGGGGCCGCGGGAUUACUUGAGUAAUGGGAAGGUCACGCUGACGGUGGACUUGGCUGGUGGGAAGAAGAGGAGUGGUGGACAGGGCGAUACACUGACGGGGAGUAUUGCUACGUUCCUUGGGUGGCGGAAGGCGUACUCGGAUGGGAUAUGGGAGACGGGAGGCAAAUUGGAUGAGGAAGAGCUGGUUGGUCUGGCCGUGUUCGGAGGAAGUGCCAUUACAAGAGAGUGCUCGCGCUUGGCCUUUGCUAAGAAAGGCCGCAGUCUGCAGGCCAGCGACCUCACCGAUGAAGUGCACACCGCCUUCCUGAAUCUUUUUGGCGAGGAAGAGGAAGCUGGUGAGGGUAACAGCGCGAGAUUGUGA